CCUCGCCGCCGUGGUUUUUCUCCUUGAAUCGGCGACCCGGGUCACGUGACGUCUCCAAGAUGGCGGACACGACCAGUCAGCUGCUGUUGGGCUCCGGCCUGACCGUCGUGUCCCAUCCGCUCAUGUACGUGAAGAUGCUGGUGCAGGUGGGACAUGAGCCACUUCCGCCUACUCUGGGAAGAAACCUCUUUGGACGCCAGGUGUACCAGCUCCCUGGCCUCUUCGCCUAUGCAAAACACAUCAUCAGUCUUGAUGGCAAGAAAGGACUUUUCAAGGGCUUGACCCCCCGUCUGUGUGCCGGAGCUUUGGGCACUGUAGUGCAUAGUAAAGUCUUGCAGUGCUACCAGAAUCAGAAUCAUGGAGAAGAUGCUGAAAGUGAACAUAAGGAAAGCUGCUCCUCCCUUGACCAUGUAAUUAAAGAGACCACUCAGGAGAUGGUUGCUCGUUCAGCAGCUACGCUCAUCACGCACCCCUUCCACGUGAUCACACUACGGUGCAUGGUCCAGUUCAUUGGAAGAGAGACCAAAUAUGAUGGAGUGUUUGGAUCCAUAGUGACGAUAUACAAGGAGGAAGGCGUUCUGGGAUUUUUUGCCGGUUUAAUUCCAAGACUACUAGGAGAUAUCCUUUCUCUGUGGAUCUGUAAUAUGGCGGCUUACCUUAUCAACACGUAUGCUCUGGAAAAUGGGACCGUAAGCGAGAUUAAAAGUUACUCUCAGGCUUUAACUGGGUUCCUCGCCAGUAUGCUGACGUAUCCAUUUGUUUUAGUGUCUAAUCUCAUGGCUGUUAAUAACUGCGGGCUGGCCGGUGGCAGACUACCGUAUGCUCCUGUGUACACCUCCUGGACAGACUGCUGGAUGCAGCUCAGCAGAGAGGGAAACACAAACCGUGGCAACAGCCUGUUCUUCCGUAAGGUGCCUGCUGGAAAGAGCUACGUCUACGAACAGAAGAGAUUUUAUUAAAGUGAAAAGCUACAGGGACCUGAGCUGCAUCUGUCGCUGUUCACUCUGCAGGGGAGGGAUGGGGAGAGUAUUUGUUUAAUUUGUACACCGUUUGUUUACAAUCCUGUAUGAUUUUUCUUUUUAAUAAUCAUUCAUUAUUGAGAACACA